GAGCGAAUUUUGUUCAUAUAAAAUUUUCCUCGGAAGUGACGUGGAUAGAACGCACCGGAGCAGGAGGAACACGGCCAUCAAAGAGAUUUCGGUACUCCAGUUCUGGAGAAUUUUGAAUCGAAUUCGAGAAGAUCAGCGAGUUCCUAACUGGAUGUAUUGAGCUCUGCGUUGAGAUCUGAUCCCUAUCUAUCUUCCUAUCUAUAACACAACACAUCAUUCUGUGCGCACCAUGGGGAUUUUGUUUACUCGAAUGUUUUCUUCGCUCUUCGGAAAUAAGGAAGCUCGAAUCCUUGUUCUUGGGCUCGAUAAUGCCGGGAAAACUACAAUUCUCUAUCGGCUCCAGAUGGGGGAGGUUGUCUCGACAAUUCCAACAAUUGGGUUUAAUGUUGAAACUGUGCAGUACAACAACAUAAAAUUCCAGGUCUGGGAUCUUGGAGGACAGACUAGUAUCAGACCAUACUGGAGAUGCUAUUUUCCAAAUACGCAAGCUAUAAUCUAUGUGGUUGAUUCAAGUGAUACUGAUAGGCUGGUGGUAGCAAAAGAGGAGUUUCAUGCAAUACUUGAGGAAGAAGAGUUGCGGGGUGCAGUUGCGUUAGUUUUUGCGAAUAAGCAGGAUCUUCCGGGUGCACUUGAUGAUGCUGCAGUCACAGAGGCUUUAGAGUUGCACAAGAUUAAGAACCGCCAAUGGGCUAUAUUUAAAGCCUCCGCUAUAAAAGGAGAAGGUCUUUNUUUUUUUUUUUUUUUUUGGGGAUAA